AUGUCAUACUGGGAAAGGUCGGAGGGGUUGGUAGGGGACAAGACAGGACGUGAGGAUGGAGUGUUGAAGGCAGAAGAAGGCAGGGAAUUGGCGUUCCAGAUAGCCAGGAAGCGGUUGAGGCGGUCAGAAGAUUUUGCAGAGUGUUAUUUGGAGAGCUUAGAUACGUCUGCCCUCGAUGGGAUCCCGAGCUUUAAUUUUGAUUUUGAAGCAGAAUCCGAGCCGCGACAAGAUUCAGAACCGGAGCCUGAGUAUGAACUCAAAGUAGGGCCAGAAAUUGAGAGUGCCGACCCCACACCAGACCCCGCACCAGACUCGGUGGACUUUGAACCCCAGCUAACCGAAUCCGAGCCUGAGCCUACCCCUGAGCCAGCCCCUGAACCAACUCCGGAGCCGGUACGAAGCAAGCCUCGAAUACUUAAACGAAUUAUUCGAGCUACCCCCUCUGAGACGCGUACGCACAAGCUCAUGAUCCCUCGUCUCAUCAAGGCAGAUAACUCUAGGCAACCCACAGUCACCAUGGCCCUUAACCAAAAACGAGCGGUGCAAUUACCCUCAAAUAAACUAGAUAUGGACGGCCUCUGGCUAGCACAUUGGCUGCAAUUCGAAGAGAGCCGCACACGGUUAUGA